ACACCUUAUUGAUGGCAUAAAAUUUAAUCUGAUAAAUUGGUCAGUUUAAGGUAUGUCAAAUGCCUUUCAUUUGGUGCUGGUCACUGUACUUGAUGUUAAUGACUCACAGUUUUUGUAUCCAAGUUGUGAGAAGUGUUACUCCAAACUGACUGAAGAUGGAAACUUAAGGUGGCUUUGUUUGAAAUGUGGCUCAGAAUGUAUGGAAGAAAAGCUGAUCUGGAGGUUUCGUCUCUCUCUCAGAGUUAGUGAUGUGUCAACUGUCUGCAAUGUAUGUGUUUUUGGAGCAUCUCUGAACCAGUUCUUUGGAGACAAUGCAUUCAAAUUUCACAGAAACUUUAAGAAAUUAUCAACUGAGCAGAGCAAUGCAGAAGAAAUUGUGCUUGGGGCAGUGCAGGAGGUUUUUGUUGGCAAUUCAUUUUAUCUUGGGAUGAGGUGUGGAUUACACAGAGGUGGAAGACCUAUUACUUUGUCAGACAUUGUGAAAUAUUCUAAUUAUGAAAGCCAAGCCUAUACACAAGACACUGACAAUUCAGGAUUAUCACUAGUGGCGAAUCAGAUUGUUCCUGUUGUGGGUAAAUCUAAAACAGAUGUCUCCUCCAUAGUUAGGGCUUUUAUAAAAGCACCAGACAGAAACAUAAUAAAUAGCACUGCCACAUCUAUAGAGAAAACAACCCCUUAUAGAUAUUUUUCAGUUGUACCAGAGAAAUUCAAGCAAGAAGAGAGUGUAGGGUCCUCAACACUCACCCAACCUACUCUCUGUUUCAGCUGUGAUUCAGGAGACCAAAAGAGCUGUGAAGAUUCCAAAUUCACAAGUCAAGGAUCAAAUCUGACAAAUGGGUCAGUACUAGUUCAACAUCAGUCAGUUAAUGAUGACAUUGUUCCAAAGUUUACAAGUAAUGGUAUUAGACAAUUGGAAGAAGAGAAUAACCCAUGCUUACAUCUGAAGGAAUCUAACAGCCAGCAAUUGAACAGUGAACAAGUUAAACCAUCAACAACUAAUUACUUAGAUUCCUUUAGUUAUAAAGAAAAUAUCUGUAUUUCAAAGAGAAAUGAUAAGAGUAGAUCAGAAUGUGUUUUAUCUUCAGAAUCAAUGGUAGAUGCUUCCUGUGAUUUAUUUGACUCCACGUCACCACUUGACAUAAGGUCAAAGAGCUCUCCCCUUAUAAGCCCAUUUUCUGUGUGCAAGAAAUCUGCAAAAAGCGGUACAAUAGAGCAUUCAAGGCUGGGUUUUCCUUUGAAAGAGAACAGUAUUCAAAAGAAAUGCCUUCAGUUUCAGAAGCAUGAAGUACAAAAUGAGAGUGUCCUUUCUCAAGAAAUGUUUACCCCUAGUCCAAUUUACAGAGUUGAGUCUGCCAGAAAACUUCUAAGCAGUGUAAAACAUUCGAGUCUGAAAAGAAUUUCUUCAUCAAAGUACUUAAGUUUGCUCAGGAAAAAACCAUUAAAUGUAUCAUCACUUUGCUUUGACCUGUCAAAAGAUACUGGCAAAGAAGUUCAUUUGUUUUCAGAGGCAUCUAAAGAAACUGAAUCACCUUUGCUAUUCUCUGAAAGUAGCAGUAACAUUUCACUUGCUUCACCAGACUUUGGUUAUAAAGACAAUUUCAGAAUUUGCCCUGGAUUUUUGUCACCUGAUAUAUUUCAAUCCACCCCUGAUGAUGGUAGUCACAGCUCCAUAAAAUCCACCAUUUUAUCUCCAUGUCUAGUGAAACAGCUGUUCAAAGAAUAAACUUUCAGGAAUUUUACCUAUUGAAAAGAAUCUUGGAUUAUUGGAUUAUUUUCAGAUUCAUUCUGUAUACAAUGUUAAACAACAGUAAAGGUCAGAAGCCAAGGCUUGUAUUUUAGACAAGGGGCUUGAAAACCAUCCCCUUUUGUAACAGUUUAAGAUUGCAAUUCAACAAUUAUAUUUUCUACAGAAUGUGCUUAAAUGUACAUUGUCAUUGCUUUUCAUGUUGAUGAAACUAUGGAAGCAAGUUUUAAUAUUUUAUACCUUUUUCUUGAAGAAUUUUUUUAUGUUUAUUUGUUUGUAGUCGAAUGUUUCAAAUGAUUUAUGAAUAUUCCUUGCUUUACAGUAAAAUAAUUUAUUAUUUAUA